AUUUACCCCGCCCAUCCCCUUUUACCCCGUUUGAUGGUAUUGCCCACAGACAAUGUGGCGCAGAUCGGCUCCUCCUACUGAAAUUAUAUAAAACUUUAAUCCUCAGCCGCCUAGACUAUGCAGCCCCGCUCUUUGCUGGUGCUGCCCAAACACUACUUAAAAAACUUGAUAUAAUCCAGAACCACUGUCUCAGAAUUACCUUGGGAAGUAAAAAAACCACUCCAGUUUGCUCACUCGAGGUGGAAGCUAAUAUCCCUCCCCUCUCAAUCCAUCAUCAAGAACUACUGUGUCGAUACUACCACAGACUUACCACACUUCCAAUGUCCUCCAUCAUUAGUGAUCUCUUCUGCGCUGAAAGAAAUGAUCCAUAUCCACCACCAUCUGCCUCAUUACUGCCUUCCCUGACUGCUCUGUCUCGUGCAAUCAUUACUCAACAUAAUCUCCUUCCCAUGCUAUUGAGACACUCUUUACUGUCGCCACUUCCUGCUUGGUUCAAUAUCCAUAAACACAUCCUAACAACCUUUUCAUCAACUCCUGUAACAGGCCUCACAUCCAACAUGGCCUCACAAAUCUUCCAAGACCUUCUGCAGACCCAGUUUACAAACUUUACCACAGCCUACACUGAUUGUUCUCGCAUUACAGAACCUUCAACUUCUGCAUCAUCAGCUAUGGUGGUCCCAUCCAAAGGAGUUCUCCUCAAUUGGAAACUCCGUCCAGAGGUGUCUGUCCUUGAAGCAGAACUAUUUGCCAUCCAUGAAGCGCUUGAGUGGGCUCAAAAUAACCUUGAAAGUAAUGAGAAGUUUGUCGUAUUUACAGACUCCCUUAGCUCACUGUACCUAAUUGCUGAUAGAAAACCUCAUUCUUAUAUACAUCUUAUUUUUCAGAUCCAAGAAAAGCUUAUGGCGCUGGCAUCCCCACAUGACCUCAAACUACAGUUCAUUCCAGGUCAUCGAGGCAUUGCUGGGAACGAGGAAGCAGACCAUGCAGCAUCACUCGCCCACUCCCUUCGGUACCGUACAAUCACUCCUAGGUCAAAGGAAGAGACAGUAAGAAAUAUCCAGCUUGUUUUUAUUGAGUACUGGCAGCAGGAAUGGGUUAAUAUCACUGAAGCUUCAGGAAAGGGCCUUUUCCUCUGCCAAAUUAAAGAUAUAGUAGGCUAUUGGCCUUGGGCACUUAACCAAAAUAGACUUGUGGAAACAGCACUUGCUAGACUUUGGAUGGGUCAUGCUGGAGUGAGAGUACACUUGGCUAGGUUCAGAAUUGUUGAUAACCCUAUGUGCAACUGUGGCCAGUGUGUAGAAAUAAUAGAUCACUUGCUGCUCCACUGCCAUCUGCAUGCUCAGGCCCGAAGUCCGAACUAAUCUAUCUAGCACACUAACCUUCCUGAACGUUGAUCAAUCUGUAAAGAACUUGCUAGGAGGAGGCCUUUUCCCACCUGGAACACAGGUGAAGAUAAUUAAAGCCACCACUGAUUACCUUAUAGAAAUUAAUGCCCUGAAGCAAAUAUAGUCUAAAUAAAUGGAACCUAGUAUAUAUUGACCUAUCUUAAUGAUAGUCAGAUAUAAUAUUGUACUUCUGCCUUGAAUCUCUAACAAUUUGAGUAUACUAACUACAAAUAACACUCUGUGGAACUAACUUUAUAUUAUACCUUCAGCAAACGCACCUGUGUUUCAUCCAUGAGUUUCAAGUAGAGGUUUCUCUGAGCAGAUCAAUUGAAUACUGUAAUGACUGCCUGUGUGAAGGGUGCCUCUAUUUGUCUCCGCCAGAUAAACAAAUAUCCCCUUGCCUCCUUCUGAGCCCUGCCCAUAAGAGAUCCGUCUUGUUUGCACAUUUGCAUUAAACAUUAUUUUGUGAUAGUCAUUUUUGGCUGAAAGAGGCUCCAGGUUGAGCCGCCCAGGCUGGACCCUAGACCUGGACCAGGCUGGACCUAGAGUCUGGGUUCUCAUAUGUGGCACAAGUUGCUGGGACUGCUGCACUGACUAAAUCCUUGUGCAAACGUGGGAUAUUGGGACUUCUGUAACAACCAAAUCCCCCUGCAGACGUGGAGCUACAUGGAUGCGUCUCCAAAGCUCCAAUAAGCAUCAAACAAGAAGAGUCUUCAGCGGGCGCUGAUAAUUGAUAGUACGCCAUCAACAAAGUCAAUGACUCAACAACAGCUAUCACCUACUGUGACUUAGUACCUACCAGUACCUCUAUUGCAUAUCAAAGAGACAUGAGCUUGGGAAACCUUAGAGACUUGAAGUGAACAUGAAUUCAACGUUCAAGAAACUCAAAAGUGAAAUGGAAAAACAUGAAAUUCAAUUAGUGAAUGUAAUAAUUGAAAGAGUUCUGCUUAUACAAGACUUGCUGAAAGAGGUCACUAAAACUGAAUAUAAGAAUGUUAGCUCGAUUGAAGCCAAAGAAUUCAUAGCACCACACAUAAUUGACCUGCAAGAUAAACAUUGGCAUGAUUUUGAAGUAUUGUCAAGGAAACAAAUCUAUGGCUUGAAUCAAAAUAUUAUCAAGAUGAAGCGUGCUCGAAGCAGUAAUGCACUGGAUGUUGAACUGCUCCGUCUCAUGGCUAGAGCUUCACUUGAUGGUUCUAAUCUUCUAAAGGGUCUGCUCAAAUUUCCUGCCAAGCUCCAGAAAAGACUUGGAGGUCCUGCAGAUGUUGCUGGCAAAAUUAUCAGCACAAAUAUCUGCUUGAUCUCAAUAUUGCAGCAAAUGGGCUUCUCAGCUGCCAUCAAGAAUUCUCCUUAUGAGGGGAAUGCUGGAGUGUCAACAACGGAGAGUCUGGGUGAAGAGGUUGAUAGCUCUGUGAUGGAAGAGCUUCAGGAAAGAGGCUCUGCUUUCAAACAUCUGGCCAGGCUCGCAAAACAAAGGCUUGGCAAUGCUAAAAGGAACGUGCGGCCUGCCGUGAAGAGCUUCCUGCUGCCGAGAGAUCGUCGGAUGUACCUCCUAGAGGACUCUCUGUCGCACCUUUUGGCGCCUCCCAAGAAACGUCCUGCUCCACGUCGACGCCACCGAUCUCGUGGAACGCGUACGCGACGUGCCCCAAGGCAGCACUUGGGCGACGAGACCCGAGGGCGGCACUUGGGCGACGAGACCCGAGGGCGGCACGUGGGCGACGAGACCCGAGGGCGGCACGUGGGCGACGAGACUCGAGGGCGGCACGUGGGCGACGAGACCCGAGGGCGGCACGUGGGCGAUGAGACCCGAGGGCGGCACGUGGGCGACGAGACCCGAGGGCGGCACGUGUGGGACGAGACCCGAGGGCGGCACUUGGGCGAUGAGACUCGAGGGCGGCACGUGUGGGACGAGACCCGAGGGCGGCACGUGGGGGACGAGACUCGAGGGCGGCACGUGGGCGACGAGACCCGAGGGCGGCACGUGGGCGACGAGACACAACGCCAACAACUCUGGCAGCAGCUCCUUCCUCUGAUAAUUAAUCAGGAAUCGCUCAUUCUAGGAGCUGAAGGGGAUCUCGACUGCGCCCAAACAUUACGGCAACUCGAUGACAUUUCUGAGAGGUUGGAUGAUUUAAUUCUGCGGAGUGACUACAAUGCGUCCUUGGUCGCCGAGUGCAGACGUCUUGACACAACAGAAGAGAAUGAUGACUUUGACCUCGAGGCCACCAUUCAAAAAGCUAAGCAAAUAUUAAGAAAAAUUACAAACCCCUCAUCAGAGAAUGUGGAACUGGCAAGUAAACGCAACGGGAAUAAUGCGAGUAACGCUUUAGAAAACCAUAGCGAAGAGGAAUUUUCUGUUGACCAACAAAACGAAGACGAACGCUUCACUGACAGCAGGAAGAGGCGAGAGGCUUUCUGGGCCUCCUUAGCGCAAGAAGGCUACGUGGGCUCUGGAAACUAAUACUUAUUCGUG